AUGGCUUGGCAAACUACCCUGGAGGAAGCUGAACUCUGCUUUCCACAACUCCUCAACACCUCCUGCAAGAAGCGCAUUCGCCCUCAGGCUGAAGCAAUGCUCAUUUACAUUGUGCUGUCCUCCAUCUCUCUGCUCACUGCAGCUCUCAACCUGCUGGUCAUCAUCUCCAUCUCCCACUUCAGGCAGCUCCACACCCCCACCAACCUCCUCCUCCUCUCUCUGGCUGUCUCAGACUUCCUCGUUGGCCUCCUUGUGAUGCCGUUUCAAAUCCUCUUCACAGAGCCGUGCUGGCUCCUGGGUGACCUGGUGUGUGUUUUGUAUUAUUUUAUACCCGCCAUCACUCUCUGUGCCUCAGUGGUAAACAUGGUGCUCAUAUCAGUCGACCGUUAUGUGGCUAUCUGUGACCCUCUGCACUACCCCACCAAAAUCACUGCAAAGAGAGUUCAAAUCUGUGUUUUCCUGUGUUGGGGUUUGUCUGUUUUCUACAGCAUUGGAUUUUUAUAUGAUAAUGUCAAACAACCAGGGAAGUAUAAUUCCUGCUAUGGAGAAUGUGUGAUUAACAUAAUAGGAGCUGCUGACCUUGUUUUAAACUUUGUCAUUCCUAUCACUGCUAUUGUCAUUCUGUAUACGAGAGUGUUUGCAGUGGCUGUGUCUCAGGCUCGUGCCAUGCGCUCCCACAUUAUAUCAGUCACAAUGAAGCAUUCAUCAACUGUAACAGUUAAGAAAUCUGAGAUGAAAGCAGCCAGGACUCUUGGUGUUGUUGUUGCUGUGUUUCUCGUGUGUUACUGUCCAUAUUACUGUGUAUCUCUCUCAGGCUACGAACUCGUAAUUGGUUCUUUAACUGAGAUACUUGUGGGUUUAAUGAUAUUUUUUAACUCCUGCCUAAACCCUGUGAUCUAUGCCCUUUUCUACCCCUGGUUUAGAAAAUCUGUUAAACUCAUUGUUACACUUGAGAUACUGCAGCCUCACUCCUGUGAGGCCAACAUACUGUAG